UGUUCUGUACCCAUUUUAUCGUUACUCUCUACAAUAGCUAGUAGAUGACGAGUGACAUUUUAUUGGCGUUUCGUCUCUAGAGUUGGUGCUUCUCGUCCCUCCUCUGCUCCUGCCUCCACGACCAGCGAGUCAGAAACGUGCUUUCUAUGUUCAAACAGCUAGGCUGCUUUAAACGCUUUUGGCCACAGUCCGCACUCCAACGCCGCAAUGGGUGCAUGCCAUCAUGCCAUUGGAUGAAAGAACUCCCCUCUUUCCCCUCUCAGAAAGCAGACCAUGUUAUUCCACACUAGAGGACUGUUUCUUCUCUUUGUCAUUGCCGCACUAUGUCGUGAUCAUGUGGCUUCGGCUGGCCUCGGGCAUAAAGCCAUUCCUCCUAAGAUGGAUCCAAAAGAAACUCUUCCUGCCAUAACACACAAAGUCUUUCUUCAAGUCGAAAUUGAUGGCCACGACAUAGGUCGGAUUGUGCUGGGUCUCUUUGGGGAAUAUGCACCAAAGACGGUAGAAAAUUUUCGAGCUCUCUGCGCCUGUGAUAGCGGAGAGCCUGCAUUAUGCUACAAGGGCAGCUCCUUCCAUAGAAUCAUUCCUGAUUUCAUGAUUCAAGGCGGUGAUAUCAUUCGAAAUGAUGGUACAGGUGGAGACAGUAUUUAUGGUGGAACCUUCAAGGAUGAAGACAUGACCACGGUGAAAUUCAAUCGAAAGUUCCUCUUAGCAAUGGCAAACUCAGGACCGGAUACAAAUGCCUCGCAGUUUUUCAUUACAACCGUCAAAGCACAGUGGUUGACUGGCAAGCAUGUCAUUUUUGGAAGAAUAAUGGAUGGCAGUGAGGCUGUCGUGAAGAUAAUUGAAAAGCAAGGAACCUAUGGGGGGAUUCCUCGUGCUGACAAAAUUGUCAUUACUGAUUCUGGGGAAAUCAAAUUGGAAGCUCCCAUCAUCGACGAUGGAAAUGAUCCACACCACAAUAGAGACACUCUCUACGGGCACGACAAGGAGGAGCAAUAACAAUCUAAACUAUCUACCAGCCACUUGUAGAGCUCAGAAAGCAGUAUGAUGCCAUUUUUUGCUCAACGGCAGCUACCAUGAUAUCACGAUGUAUCCAUCAUCACCCACUCAGGAUCCAUUGGAACAGCGACGUGACAACAAUUUUAGUUUGAUAAAGCUGUUUAGUUGUGCAAUUUCAUUUCCAAACUGUACUUCAUGGUACUGUUGGUUGCUUUUGCCAACGUUUUUAGUCAUUGUUUCUCCAUACAUGUACUUCAACGUCGAGUGUUGCAGUCGAUGAUGGCCUGAGUGCGAUGGUGUGAGUCGAGUUUCGCCGUUCCCCACCGCUCCCGUUAGUCCGGCCUUUUGCGACAGCAUGGAGAAAGACUGGUGGGAAAGGAAGGAAUAGUUGAAUUGAUUUUUUAUCAUUCAUUCGUCACGUUUAAAAUGUUGGUCGUAUUCAAAAUUUCGUCUGCAAGCUUGUGCAUUGCAAUGGUCUUCUGUCUCCCGCUUUGCCUCGCAUUAGUCUGAUCCCCCGUACUACCGGUAUGCUAUUAAUAUCUGCCGGCAUUGUCCAUGAUUUCAAUGUCACUAUAGCUACUACCACCCUCAGUGCGUAGUGCAACAAUCUCCAAGAGCCCCGUUUCCAAGUUUCGAACCCAUCGUGGCGUGUCAAACAAGGGUGCCGUGUGGUAAUUCCGUUGCAAUCGUUCUUUGACCGAAGAGAACCAUUCC